UACAUACAGAAGGAGUGUUCUUGUCCUCACGCAUUCACUGAGCAGACGCUCACAUGAUGGAAGGAAUGGCAGCAGCAGCAAUGGCAGACGCACACAUGGAAGGAGUGGUGGCACGAUCUGGAGCAGCUGAAGAUGGAGAAGCUCAGCUGAGAGAACUGUACCAUGAUGGCUCUCUGUUAGCACAUGAAGCAGACUUCAUAGUAGAUGAACACAGCUCAGCACACAGUAACAUGGAGGUGACAGACAGGCUCAUUUACCUGGAGCAGCGCCUCCAGAUGCAGGAGGAUGAGGUGCAGCUGCUGAAGAUAGCGCUGGCUGACGUGCUCAAGAGACUCAACAUUUCAGAGGCACAAACUGCUGCUCUCAGCAAGAAAGGACCUGUUCAAGCAUCAAGGCCUGUGUCUUUGGCCCUGCCACCCAGAACAACCAGCAAUCCAGCCAAGCCCCUGAAGAAGAGCUCCAGCUCCACACUGCCCUCUUCCACAUCCUCUAAGAAUUACAGCCCUUUGCCAGCCAGCAGAAGAGGUCCACCAAGUGGUAAAAAAGACAGUUCAAGUGUUCCUGCAAGCCAAUGCACUGCUCUAACAACCAGCACCACCUCAACCCCCUGUAAGAAACUUCAAGUGAGCAAACCAAAGGAGACCAUGACAAGUGUUGUAGGAACACGUCGUGUGACUCACUGCAAAGUGACUAUGCAGAUCUAUCUGAGCCACCCAGCAAAAAAGAUUGGGCCUACUGACAAUGCAGUUGCUACAGCCGAGCAGGCGAAUGUGUACCUGCCUGCGAGUGGGCCGCUUCCAGAUAAAGCAGCAUCAGACAAGAGGAAAGUAGGAGCUGGGAAGAAGCCUCCCUGCACACUAUCCCUGCACAGGAGCACAUGUCAGAGCCCCUUUUCCCCUGCUGACACCCCCAUCUACAAGAGUCCCAUUAAGUCCCCGAGUCAGUAUUUUCAGAUCUGUUACUAAACGCAUACUGUAGUCGAACCUGGACAACCGAUCUGAUGUUCAUAAGUUACUAAAUAAAACCUGUUGA